CACUGAUGGGCAGCAGUUUAUUGGAAGAAUCUGAAUUAGAUAGCAAGAGCUUGGUGUCAAUGAAUUCUCCAUCUAGCCUUGUUGAAUCUUUGCAUUUGCCAGAUCCGGAAUCAAUCAUUGGUGUAAAAGAAGAGGUUCUAGCUGAAGCAGCAGUAAAUUCUCUCCAUGAUGUAUCUGAUGUGGUUUUGCCAUCUCAUCAUCUGAUGCCCAUGUCAACAUCAAGGCACUCUUACGGCGGGCAGUUGGUGGUACUCUUUCAUCGGGAAUUUUUGCCUUCCCAUGCUUUGUGUGGAUAUGUUCACUAA